CGCGGAGCGGGGAGGUGAGGAGGGGAAAAAUAAUUAAUCUGUCAAAGGCGAAUUUCUGAUCGGGGAUGAGACCGCUAUGACGCUCACGCGACCGUAACGAAGCCCGCAGGCGAAGACAACUAACGCGCAAGCCGAUGCGCCGCCGUGGCAGGUGGCGCUUGUGUAAUCGUCCGGCGUCUCGUCACUCGUCUUUGCCGCCUGGUGUGCGCCUCGUUUCAGCACUGGACAGCGACAGGAACCGUCGGGCGCUGAGGACGCAGAGGAGAUCCUGAGGCGCGUCGGUCUUGAUUAGGUCGGGGGCAAUGCCCGGCUAGAUGACUUCACAUCAACAAGCACCUCCACGGUAUCCUGGACUAAUAUAGCAGAGCCACAUCCGUCCUCUCUCCAUUCUCUCAGUCCCUCCUUCUAAAGGCACCAUGGGAAACCGUGGCAUGGAGGAGCUGAUCCCGCUGGUCAACAGGCUGCAGGAUGCCUUCAGCUCCAUCGGCCAGGCCUGCAACUUGGACCUGCCACAGAUCGCAGUGGUCGGUGGCCAGAGCGCGGGGAAGAGUUCCGUGCUGGAGAACUUUGUAGGCAGGGACUUUCUGCCUCGUGGAUCUGGUAUUGUCACCCGUAGGCCCCUGGUUCUCCAGCUUAUCAGUGCCACUGCAGAAUGGGGUGAAUUCCUCCACUGCAAAGGAAAGAAGUUCACAGACUUUGAUGAAAUUCGUCAAGAGAUCGAGACGGAGACGGACCGUAUCACAGGGGCCAACAAAGGCAUAUCUCCUGUCCCGAUUAACCUGCGUGUGUACUCCCCUCAUGUGCUGAACCUGACCCUUAUUGAUCUGCCGGGGAUCACCAAGGUGCCAGUUGGAGACCAGCCUGCUGACAUCGAGCAGCAGAUCAGGGACAUGAUCAUGCAGUUCAUCACCAGAGAAAGCUGCUUGAUCUUGGCCGUCACACCAGCCAAUACUGACCUGGCUAACUCUGAUGCCCUUAAACUGGCAAAGGAUGUUGACCCCCAGGGACUGCGGACUAUUGGGGUGAUCACCAAACUGGAUUUGAUGGAUGAGGGUACUGACGCCCGAGAUGUGCUGGAAAACAAGCUGCUGCCACUGCGACGAGGUUAUAUUGGGGUAGUGAAUCGCAGUCAAAAGGACAUUGAUGGAAAGAAAGACAUCAAGGCAGCCUUAGAAGCUGAGAGGAAGUUCUUCUUGUCCCAUCCAGCCUACAGGCACCUCGCUGAUAAAAUGGGAACUCCACGCCUGCAGAAAGUGCUCAACCAGCAACUAACCAACCACAUCAGAGACACUCUGCCAGGAUUCCGUAGCAAGCUGCAGUCGCAGCUGUUGGCUCUGGACAAGGAGGCAGAAGAAUACCGGGGAUACCGACCCGAUGACCCAUCCCGCAAAACCAAGCAGCUGCUGCAAAUGGUACAGCAGUUCUCUGUGGACUUUGAGAAGAGGAUUGAAGGUUCAGGAGAUCAAGUGGACACAGUGGAACUUUCUGGAGGAGCAAAAAUCAAUCGCAUCUUCCACGAGCGCUUCCCUUUUGAACUGGUCAAGAUGGAGUGUGAUGAUAAAGAGAUGCGUCGUGAGAUAAGUUACGCCAUUAAGAACAUCCAUGGUAUCAGGACUGGACUCUUCACUCCAGACAUGGCGUUUGAGGCCAUUGUGAAGAAGCAGAUCAUAAAACUGAAGGAGCCAUGUGUUAAAUGUGUGGAUAUGGUCAUCCAGGAACUAAUCAACACCGUCCGCCAGUGCUCCAACAAACUGGAGUGCUUCCCCAGGCUCCAGGAGGAAACCGAGAGAAUUGUCACAUCACAUAUCCGAGACAGAGAGAGUCGAGCCAAAGACCAGGUUCUGCUGUUGAUUGACAUUCAACUCUCAUACAUCAACACUAACCACGAGGACUUCAUUGGCUUCGCUAAUGCCCAGCAGAGGAGCAGUCAGACUAAUAAGAGUCAGAGUUCAGCAGGAAAUCAGGUCAUACGCAAAGGCUGGCUGACCAUCAACAACAUUAGCAUCAUGAAGGGAGGAGCCAAAGAAUAUUGGUUUGUGCUUACUGCUGAGAGCCUUUCCUGGUUCAAGGAUGAUGAGGAGAAGGAGAAGAAAUACAUGCUCCCUCUGGACAAUCUGAAGGUUCGGGACGUAGAGAAGAGUUUCAUGUCCAGCAAGCACAUAUUCUGUAUUUUCAACACAGAGUCAAGGAAUGUUUACAAGGACAAUCGCACUCUAGAGUUGGCGUGUGACUCUCAGGACGAUGUGGACAGCUGGAAGUCAUCCCUCCUUCGUGCUGGAGUCUAUCCUGAGAAGACCGCGACAGUUGAGAGUGAGACCACCACCACAUCAGACAACUUCUCCAUGGAUCCUCAACUAGAACGCAAAGUGGAAACCAUCCGUAAUCUGGUGGACUCGUACAUGGCUAUUGUCAACAAGUGCAUCCGCGACCUUAUGCCGAAGACCAUCAUGCAUCUGAUGAUCAACAAUGUGAAGGACUUCAUCAAUGCAGAGCUGCUGGCCCAGCUGUACUCUGCAGGCGACCAGAAUGCUCUGAUGGAUGAAUCCCAGGAACAGGCUCAGAGGAGGGAUGAGGUUCUGAGGACCCACCAGGCCCUGAAGGAGGCUUUAGCUAUUAUCGGGGAUAUCUCCACCUCCACUAUCACUGUCCCCCUGCCUCCGCCUGUUGACACCUCAUGGGUGGGAGGAUCAAGUGGUGGGCGCAGGUCUCCCCCACCCAGCCCUACCGCCCCCAGGAGGAUGUCUUCAGGCCAGCGUCCUGCUCCACGCGGCGCCCCACCACCACCAAAUCGGCCCGGACCUUUGGGGCCAUUCAAUAACAGUGCUGACAGCCCUCAGGCUCCUAGCCGCCCUAACAGGGCACCUCCUAGCAUCCCUAGCCGGCGGCCCCCGCCAUCUCCUACAAGACAAGUCCCACCGUAGUCAUCAGAAGAGGAUCCAGACCCUCCUUCCCGCUCCCUUGUCCACUCUGUUCUCUCUCUAAGCAUAUGGUUCUACUGCCCUGGUCUCUCCUUAGUGCAGACACUGAAGUCUUUAACCUUUGACCCUCAAUUCCUGCCAGGUGACGAUAUCCAUAUAUGUAUGUACAGUAUGGUACUUGUCUUGUGGUGUAUGUGUGCUUGUUGCUUGCCUGUGGUCCAGGUUUGCUUAGCAGAUCCACAACCCGGUAUCAGUCCCUGGAACUUCUACCCCCUCCCCACCGCUCUUCACCAAGUCAGACCCCCCACCCCACCACCACCACCACCUUCCAUGUGCUGCUUACACAUGAAAAUAUCCUCAGUGGUUGUAUCACCUCUUUCAUUACCAAAUGCAGCAUGGCACAUGAGCUGCUUGUAUUGCAUGGGAGUGUCUGUGUGAGUGCGUGCGCGCACAGUUGUGCGCAUACGGAGGAGGGACUAUUUUGCCUAUAUGUAGGCUGAGUUCGAUUUUAGUAUUGUAUUAAUUUAUUGUAUAAUGCCCCC